AUGGCAGGGCUGUACCGAACGGUGAUGGAUACUUUUUGGAGCGAGUACAUUUGGCUGCCCCCGAACACCACAUGGCAGGACAUAGCCCCCGACUCCAGCUCCCACAUCCAGCACGCGGACUACAGGCACCUCCUGUACCCCCUGCCCAUGGCGCUAAUCAUGCUCAGCCUGCGCUACGUGCUCGAGAAGUACUGGUUCGCGCCCGUCGGCAUCUCGCUCGGGAUCAAAAACACGAAACCAAAGAAAGCCCCCCCGAACCACGUGCUGGAGAAGGCGUACACCACUUCGAAGAAGUGGAAGCACAAACAGCUGCAGGGUCUGGCUAAGCAAGUGGACAUGUCGGAGCGCCAGGUGGAGCGCUGGCUGCGGCUCCGCAAGGGCCAGAACAAGCCCUCGACCCUGACCAAGUUCUGCGAGAACUCGUGGAGGUGCCUCUACUACACCUCCAGCUUCGUGUACGGCGUCGUCGUGCUCUGGAACAAGCCCUGGUUGUGGAGCAUCAACGAGUGCUGGAACGGUUUUCCGCACCAGUCCGUCACGAGCGACAUUUGGUGGUACUACAUGAUCUCGAUGUCUUUCUACUGGUCCCUCUGCGUCAGCCAGUUCUUCGACGUAAAACGCAAAGACUUCUGGCAGAUGUUCAUCCAUCACAUCGCCACCAUCGUCCUAAUGUGUCUUUCCUGGGUGGUGAACGUUUUCCGUAUAGGUAGCCUCGUCCUAGUCGUCCACGACAGCGCCGACAUUUUCCUCGAAGCGGCAAAAAUGGCCAAGUAUUCCGGAUACCAAAAGGUGUGCGACACCAUCUUCGGUAUAUUCACGGUCCUGUGGAUCGUGACGAGACUGGGGAUUUAUCCGUUCUGGAUAAUAAAAAAUACUUCGAUCGACGCGCCGAAGAUCGUCCCGAUGUUCCCUGCCUACUACAUUUUUAACAGUCUGUUGUGUCUUCUGCUAGUUCUUCACUGUUUUUGGACGUACUUGAUACUGAAAAUCGUUGCGAAUUCGCUCAACGCAGGCAAGAUGGAGGGGGAUAUAAGGUCCAGCAGCGACGACUACAGUGCAGAUUCUAAAUCUCAAUGAUACAUCGUAGGAAAUCGGUGUUUUUAUCGUACUUGGCAGAGCUUCGGUGGCUUUAAACGUAUCGGGCCAGCAACAGUUUGAUUUUUUAUUUCAACACUACACUUGUACAAAAUAUUGUUUUUGUACUUAUUUAUAAAACAAAUUUCUCUUUAUCUGAACUUACAAGUUAUUGUGAAUUCUGUUUAGUUACGGUUGUUUAUAAAUGGAAGUCCAAAGUUUACCAAAAAUGUGUUUUGGAGA